AGCUACAUUACUAAUGUCAAAAAUCUGUAGUGUGCUUUUGUUGCUGAAAAUGCGUGUUUUUAUAAAAACUUCAGUUGUUUCCGUUUAAAUCUCAGUUUAUCGCUUCAGCCAGAAUUUUACAAAUAAAAGAUAAAUUAUUUACCGUUCAUAAUGUCUACCCGUGAAAUUCUUACACUGCAGUUCGGUCAUUACUCAAACUAUGUUGGUGCCCACUUUUGGAACAUUCAGGAGCUAAGUUUUGACUAUACCGGCACCGUGAAGACUGAAGUAAAUCAUGACAUUUUGUACCGAGAAGGCCAAAAUUCUAAACGUGAGGUAACUUACACUCCGAGAUUACUGUUGGCAGAUUUGAAAGGAUCUCUAAAAACAUUACCUGCGAGUGGUGGCUUACCUGAGGACUCGGAGUCUGCAGAACUUUUAUGGGAUAAUGUAGAAAAAAUAGAAGAUCCACCACCGGCCAAAAAUGAAUAUUUAGCAGACAUUGAUUCUGAAGGACCAUCAACAGAGGAGAAACAAUAUAAUUUGGAGCAAGAUGUUAACACUUGGACAGACUACCUGUAUCCGAGGUUUCAUUCUAGAACAGUAAAUAUUAUAAAUGAGUACCGACAUGAAGAUGAGAAUGAAAGCUUUGAUAUUUUCAACAUUGGCUCAUCUGUUUGGAAAUCAGAUUUUGGGGACACAUUCAGUGACAAUAUUAGAAGAUAUGUGGAAGAAUGUGACAGUAUGCAAGGAUUCCAAAUCAAUUUUGAUUGCACUGAUGGAUUCUCAGGGUUAGCUCUCAGUUGUGUUGAACAUGUAGCAGAUGAAUACACAAAAGCUAUACUGGUUCAUCCGAUAAUACCUUCACAUUUUUCUGAUAACAAUCCAAGUACAGAAGAAGAGAGAGAUAAAGCUACUUUGAAAGACUCUAUCAGAUUAGUAAACAUAGCUUUGGCAAUGGAGCAAUUAUCAGAGCAUGCAACAUUCUUUGUACCUCUUUGUACUGGUGAAAGAGGAUGGAGAAAGCCAGGCAAACCCAGAGCAUUUGACUAUAUUAACUAUAACCCAGAACUUUAUUAUCAUUCCUCUGCAGUCCUAGCGUCAGCAUUCGAUACAUUAAGCCAAAAAUACAGACAUAAGAGUAAUACCUAUACAUUAUCUGACAUCUGUGCAGAUAUGACUGGAUAUGGAAGGAAAAUGGCAGCAGCUUCUUUAGGAAUGCCAUUUGCUCUACAUGAAUCAAACUAUCUUAUUGAAUUUCUUAACAGCACAACAAAACCUAUCUAUACUUCAAUUACACCAAGUUGUAAAAUUGCUACAGACAAAAUAUUCCAAUUAAUCACUGCAAGAGGCAUUCCAGAAAACUACCUCAAAGCUCCAAUGAAAGAAGCUAAAGAGCAAAUGAAUUUACCAGCUUAUCGUUGCAGUAACGUAAAGGAAAUGUUUGAACUGUAUUUCCAAGCCAAUAACUUUUUGUCUGCAACAAAUGUCACAAUCUGUGAGAAGCCAUUAGAACUAAAAACCCCAUUCCCUAAUAUAUUCUCUGAUAAGCUUAAUAAGUAUGGAUUUGUCAAAGAAGAUGACAGACCAGAAAAAGUGGAGAGUUGUGCUGUGAUUGCUGGAUAUCACAAUGGCACAUUUAUAUCGGAUAUGCUUGAAAAACUGCAUAGAGAAGUAAGCAGAAUAAAGUUUGCUAAGCUCCAUAAGUUUAAACAAGAAGGACUGGAAGCUGCAGAAUACUCAGAAAGUUUAAAUAGGUUGGCAGAGUUCAAGGAUAAUUAUGAAGACGAUUUUGAAUUGUAAUGUCAUGUAUUUAUAUUAUUUGUAAAUAAUUAUAUUG